CAGUUUUGCCACUAAAAUAAUACCACAAUGACACCAUCAGUAUUUCUUGUGAGGCACGGACAGACAGAAUGGUCAAAGGUCGGAAAGUAUACAGGCAAAACAGACAUAGAGCUCACAGACACUGGGAAGAAAGAGGCACUUACUCUUGGAGACAGAUUCAUGGGUCCUAACAAACUCAUCGACCCAUCACACCUCGCGCACAUAUUUGUGAGCCCAAGGAUCCGAGCAAGAGAAACCUUCGAGCUCGUCGCUGGGAACUACCCAGAGAUAAGGCAAAGAGCUACCAUCACGGAGGAGUUCAGGGAAUGGGACCAUGGAGACUACGAAGGAAUGACGACUCAACAGAUUAGGGUUUUGAGAGCAGAGAAGGGACUUGAUACAUCGUCAGAGUGGUCAAUCUGGGCCGGUGGAUGUGAGGGUGGAGAAUCAGUAGAAGACAUAACCCGACGCGCCAACGAUGUGAUUUCUGCUAUCCGAGACAUUCAAAAAGACUACAUAGAUAAUGAGAAUGGUGGAAAUGUCAUGGUUGUUGGGCAUGGUACUUUCCUUCGAUGCCUUUGGAAAGUCUGGGCACAUCUCCCGGUUGAUUCACCUAUCAAUAUCCAAUUUGACACUGGGUCCAUUGCGACUCUGAGCUAUAAGGAUAAUGAUAUCAACAGUCGAACGGUCGUAAUUGGUCUUAAAAUGCAUUCGAUCUGAGUUAAGGUUUGUCACAUACAAAGUAAUUAUCUCUAUCUCCACAAAGGCAGGUAUCCAUUUUAGCUGAAUGAUGCGACGCGGAGUGGACUACAAUGGGCCGCAAUAUAAAUUAGAAGAUUGUCAAAGCUUGGGGGGUUAAUAAGUGCAGUUUAACCAGCAGAAUGGAAGAUGGAGAGACUAAUGCCUUAUCCCUUAACCAUGUGCUGUGAAUACUAGACUGAUGCGAUCCUGUGGUAAUACCAUUCCUCGUCGUACAUCGGAUCAAGAAAAUCUACUAG